CGAGAAAAUUGCUGGUAGAGCUUCACUCAUGGCUAAGCCCAGAGCGUAUUCACUGAAACGAGUUGAUGUCGAUUUCGAGAUUCGGUUUGUGCUGGCCAACAUGCAUCCAGAUAACAAAUACGUUCUCAACCUCCCUAGAUCGACUCUCGAUCAUGAGACUUUAUUGCGUAUAGCUCCGAUUUUCGAGAGCGACCUGCGCAAAUGGGUCGUAUACAUCGUUUGGUACGAAUUGCCGGACGGCUCCAUCAUUCUGAUCUAUAUUGGCAGUUGUACAAGCCGCGAAGGAUCAUUCGCUCGGCUGUUCAAGAUUUAUGAGGCUGGGGUGGUUUAUCUCAAGAA